CAUUAGAAUACGAUAUGUUUGAGGUCACAGUCCAUCGGAUGACUGAUGAACUUACUUGAAAAAUAGUAUGUUUUAUCUAUAUUCAUUCGUAGUGAGCUAUACACGCGAGACACUUCUGCAAUUAUAUUUGGUAAACGUUUUUUGAGAUAAAGAACAAUAAUCUAUUGGAAUUUUUUUUUUAUUAAUAAGGAACUCAAUUUAAUAAUAUCAGCAGCAUCAGAUAAUGAUAUCUUUUGCAGUACAUAAUAGCAAGCGAACUGUGUGUGAAUGUUCGACCUAGAACUUUGUGGUUUAUUGUAUAAUAAUUACGAAAAUAUCUCAUUACAAGAAAGUUAGUACAUUACAGAAACUUUCUUUCAAUGAAUUUGACACAUGUGUGUGAAUUUCAAUAUACUUUUUCAAGUGGACUGAUGAUAAUUAUAUUUUUUAUAACCAAGUGAUAUUUUUUAAAACCACAUACAUAUUUUUGACAAUUCGCAAACUCUUCAGAAAUAGGAAAAUGGAGUUCAAAAUAUAGAGCAAAGUGUAAAUAUUUAUUUUCUAAAACAAAUAAGUAAAAGUGAAAUAGCUUUAUAAAUAUGUUUUAUACACAGAAAAAACUGGACAUUUAAAUGUAUUUUAUGUAUAUUUUUAUAUUUAUAUUAUUUAUAUAAAGCAAAACUUUUGAAGGCUGCAAUUUGCAUAACAUUUAGUACUAUGAAGGUUUUUAAAUUAUUGAGGUUCUACUGUUUUUGAUUUUAAGUAAUUGAAUCAUAUAUUACAUCAUAUGGUAAUAAACUUUUGAAGUUAUAAUAAUUGGAUAAAGAAGAAAUAGUUUAAUUUUAUCUUAGUAUAAAAAUAACAAAUUAUAAGAAAUGAACGUCAAAGUAGUUCACGUUUCUUUGCUGGAGAUAGUGAAACUUCAUUUUCUAUCGUUCACAUAUGGACUAUAUUUAAUAGUAAAACGUUUACUUCAAUGGGCCUGGAAUCCAAAAAAUUUUUUUCUCCUACAACGAAGAGAUAAACCCCCUCAAUGUUUAGUAGAUAACAGCCUGGGCGAACAUUUAUACGUGAAACUAAAAGGUGUAAAAUUUCAUUAUGUUGAAACGGGAGAUAAAGAUAAACCUGUUCUUCUACUUCUACACGGAUUUCCAGAUUGCUGGUUGUCAUGGAGAGAACAACUACCAGUUUUGUCAAUGCAUUACCGUGUAGUAGCUUUGGAUUUAAAAGGUUUCGGCGACAGUGACAAACCACCUAAAAGAAGUUCUUACAAAAUUGAAAUCCUAUUGGAUGAACUGGAACAAUUUAUUUUCUCUCUUGGAGUAAAAAAUUGCAGUAUAAUUGGACAUGAUCUGGGAGGUCUUUUGGGAUGGUAUUUUGUUGCAUUGCAUGAAAACAUGGUUCAUAAAUUUGUUGCAAUAUCAAGUCCACAUCCCAAUAUCUAUUGGAACGGGAUUCCUGGUGAGACUGCCCUUGGUAUCAAGUGGAUUCACUUUAGCAGACUUCCAUUUUUACCGGAAAUAGAUGCUUUAAAGGAAGACCUAUCAAUAAUUAAUGAUACAUUUUCACAUCUGCAAUUAAAAGAAACUAAUGAAGAAAAAAACUAUGUAGAAGCUUACAAAUAUGCAUUUUCUAGAAAAGAGGAUUGGACAGGACCACUUAAUUAUUAUCGCAAUCUUCCAUAUAUACGGUUAAGUCCACAUUCAAUGGAACCUAUUAACAUUCAGACAUUGCUUUUAAUCGGUAAUCUUGACCCCCUUGUUUCGCUUGCAAGUGUAAUACAAAGCUCAGAGUAUAUCGAGAAAGUUAACGUAAAAUUAGUCCCAGGAGCACAUCAUUUUCCACAUCAAGAAAAACCAGAAUUCGUGAAUGAAGCAAUUAUAAAAUUUUUAUUUGGAACACAUCAAAUAACAAUGGAAACCUUGCGAUCAAAAAGUAUAAUGUCAUCAAUGCUUAAUUCCUUGAGCACUACAAUGAAGUUUGGUAAUCAGGUCUUUAGUGCAGUACAAAAUGUGGGCUUCAAACAAGGAAAAUAAUUUAUUGUUAAGAAUUAAUUAAUUUUUAAAAUAUAUUGUUAAAGUUUAAUAUUAUACCCAUAUAUAGAUAUCUUGCUGUAAGCUUUCAUUGAGUUUAAACAACAAAGUGAUUUUUUGAUCCGAAGAA